AUGAUUCUUCCAUCUUUUAUUCAAGAACCAGUCUUUGCCCUUAUAGGCGAAGAAUGCUACAACUCACUUAUCACAAACCUCAAUAUCAGUGACACACAAUGUACAAAACUAGUAUUCUCCAAAGCACUCGGAAUCGGUAUUGUGCUAGGAGGUUCACUAAUAAAACUGCCACAAGUUUUAAAAAUUAUAGCUAAUGGUUCAGCACGCGGGCUAAGUUUUGAAAGCUAUGUACUCGAGACAAUAGCAUAUGCAGUAGGGUUAGCCUACAAUUUCCGACAAGGCAACCCGUUCAGCACAUACGGGGAAAGCUUUUUCUUGACAAUACAAAAUAUAAUCAUACUUUUGUUAAUUCUGAAAUAUCGAGGACAAGCGGAUCGUCUCGUCGUUGCCGGCUUGUCUAUUGUCGUGAUGAGUUAUGCGUUAAAUUCGUCAUCACUGAUCAAUGAUUCUUUGUUGGCCUUUUUGCAGGCAUGCUCGAUCCCUCUGUCGUUGGCUGCAAAGAUUCCACAGAUCAUACAGAAUUAUACGAAUGGGAGCACUGGACAACUUUCGGCGUUUGCAGUGUUUGGGUAUACUCUUGGAUCGAUGGCUAGAGUUUUCACUACUAUUACCGAAGUUCAUGAUCCGAUUAUUCUGGCUGGUUUUAGUUUGGCAACGCUUUUUAAUGCUGUUUUGGCUUUGCAGAUGGUUGUUUAUUGGAAUGCGGUUGAUGAUGCGGUUAUUGUGAAGAAAAAAGAAUAA